AUGCCCAAGGCGGCGACACUAACAACCGCCCACAAGAGGCGGCACAAUCCCCUCGAAGAUGAUCUCCUAGCCACGGGUCCCCUCCGAGCCAAGGCGCCCAAGAGGAGAGCCAAAGAUACCAAAGAAGACGACGGCGACCACUUCGUCGACUCCAAGGCCUCGCGAAACAUUCUCAAGAUCAGCCAAGCCCUCGCCCGAGAGGCCGAGGACGAGCGCCGCCAGCCCCAAGCUCCCGCACCCCAGAACAACCUAUUCGCAUUCGAUGAGAGGAUAGACGCCAACACCGCCGCGGACAACAAAUUCUACGAUGACGACGAAGUGUGGGGUGACGAGGACGAAGAGGUUGAGGAAAUCGAGGUCGACCCUGACGAUCUCGAGACCUUUAGGAAAUUCCUGCCGGAGGACGACGAUCCUCUACUGAAGCACGGAUGGGAUCGCAGGCCACCGGAAGACGCCGUCGAAGAGAACGAAGAGCCCACGAACCUCGCUGAUCUGAUCCUGGAAAAAAUCUACGCUCACGAAGCCGCCGAAGCGCGUGCCGAGGCCGGCAUCGACGAGGACUUCGAUAUCCCCGAAAAAGUCGUCGACGUCUACACCAAGGUCGGGCUUAUCCUAUCCCGUCACAGGUCAGGCCCCAUCCCCAAGCCGAUGAAGAUUCUCCCCACCGUGCCCCACUGGGAGGAGAUCCUGCAAAUAACGAAGCCCGAGGCGUGGAGUGCGAACGCGGUCGAUGCCGUGACUCGAGUUUUCGUCGCGAGCAAGCCCGCCGUCGUGCAGCGGUUCCUGGAAAUGGUGCUGCUUGAUAGGGUGAAGGACGAUAUCUACGAGUACAAGAAGCUGAACCCCCACUUGUUCAAGGCUCUAGAGAGGGCGCUUUUUAAGCCGUCGGCCUGGUUCAAGGGCUUCCUGUUCCCUCUGGUCGGUGGUGGAACCUGCACCCUUCGCGAGGCUACGAUCAUCUCUGGAGUUUUGAGGAGGCACCAUGUCCCUGUCCUACACUCUGCCGCGGCCAUCAAGGGCCUUUGCGAUAUUGCUGCCCAAGAGGCCUCGCAGGGUACCGAGGGCGGUGGCGCCACGAACAUCCUCAUCCAUACCCUUCUCCAGAAGGGAUAUGCCCUGCCAUACCAGGUUAUCGAUGCUCUCGUCUUCCACUUCCUUCGAUUCCGCAGUGUAGACCCCGCCUCCGUUCAAGAGAGCGACCUGGCCAGCCUCGUGGGCGAGGAGGCGCCCCCAAGGAGAAAGCUACCCGUCAUCUGGCACCAGUGCUUCCUCGAGUUUGCCCAAAAGUACAGAAACGACAUCACCGAAGAUCAGCGAGAGGCCCUUCUCGAUCUGCUCCUCACCCACGGUCAUUCGGCCAUCGGGCCCGAGAUUCGCAAGGAACUGCUCGCGGGCAGAGGACGGGGAGUUCCUAUUCCUCAGGACCCAGCGCCGUUUGAUGGGGAUGACACGAUGGCCAUUGAUUGA